GGCCAUUUCCUGUUUCUCUGCAGUUUUCCCCAGCUUUGGGUGGUGGCUGCUGCUGGGCUCCGGCUUCCCCGUCCGCGGAGGGCGAGGCGGCGUGGACAGCGGCCCCGGCACCCCGCGCCCCGCCGCCCGCAGCCGCGCGCCCGCCCGCCUGCCGCGCCCCGAGCUCGCCGCUUCUCGCCUCAGCGCCCGGCUGCCGCCGCCGCGGCCCAGCGAGCGGCCCAGAUGCAGGCCAUCAAGUGUGUGGUGGUGGGAGACGGAGCUGUGGGUAAAACUUGCCUCCUGAUCAGUUAUACGACCAAUGCAUUUCCUGGAGAAUAUAUCCCCACUGUCUUUGACAACUACUCUGCCAAUGUUAUGGUGGAUGGAAAACCGGUGAAUCUGGGCUUGUGGGAUACAGCUGGACAAGAAGAUUAUGACCGAUUACGUCCCCUGUCCUAUCCGCAAACAGUUGGAGAAACGUAUGGUAAGGAUAUACCCUCCAGGGGCAAAGACAAGCCGAUUGCCGAUGUAUUCUUAAUUUGCUUUUCUCUUGUGAGUCCUGCAUCAUUUGAAAACGUUCGUGCAAAGUGGUACCCUGAAGUGCGACACCACUGUCCCAACACUCCUAUCAUCUUGGUGGGGACGAAACUUGAUCUGAGGGAUGAUAAAGACACAAUUGAGAAGCUGAAGGAGAAGAAGCUGACGCCCAUCACCUACCCACAGGGCUUGGCCAUGGCCAAGGAGAUCGGUGCCGUCAAAUACCUGGAGUGCUCGGCGCUCACGCAGCGAGGCCUCAAGACAGUGUUUGAUGAAGCCAUCAGGGCGGUUCUCUGCCCGCCCCCUGUCAAGAAGAGGAAGAGAAAAUGCCUGCUUUUGUGAAUGUCCGGGCCUCUCCUGCCUGUGCCGUCCCCCAGGACCCUUUGUACGCUUUGCUCAAACGGUGGAGCCUUCGCACUCAAUGCCAAGUUUUUGUUACAGAUUAGUUUUUCCAUAAAACCGUUUUGAACCAAUCAGUAAUUUCUAGGUUUUGUUUGUUUAAAGUGUAAGAGUUCAAACUUUCACAUUCUAUUAAAGUUUAGCCCUAAAAUGA